GGCAACCCGUUUGGGUCUCGUUCCACACUGCGGAGGCUUUGUUCUUUUGCUCUUGCUACUUCUCACUCUUUGGGUCCACGCUGCUUUUAUGAGCUGUAACACUCACCGUGAAGAUCUGCAGCUUCACUUCUGAGCCCAGUGAGACCACGAGCCCACUGGGAGGAACGAACAACUCCAGAUGCGCCACCUUAAGAGCUGUAACACUCACGGCGAGGGCCCGCGGCUUCAUUCUUGAAGUCAGUGAGACCAAGAACCCACCAAUUCCGGACACACCACCACCCAGGCAGGGGACCGCAAGCCCCUGGCUCCUUUUGGGGAGAUAUUUCUAGCAAGGGCUCCGUGAAUGCAAUUUAAAAGUUAUGAGAGUCUCGUUUUACCCUUCUCUUUCCUCUUCUGCUUAUGGUGGGAACAAGAGAGGCUGGAGUGCCCGCCCGGAGCCUCUCCUUGGCUUUCUCAUGGCCGUGGGGGAUCAUUCCUUCAGAGACUGUUAGUGAGCUUUAGUGCCAGUCAGAACUCUGCAAGAUACUGUCCUACGGGCUAGAGAGCCCCUUUCACCCAUCAUCUCAGGUGAAGCUAUUGCCGGGAACUCACAUCUCCUGUGAGCAGACAUGGAGCAUGGGCUGUGUGUUUGGGCACUGCAGAAACAGACAGAAGGACGGAUCCUGCCCUCUGCAAGCAGGUCAUGCAGCAGGAAGCCAGUCCGUAUGGAAUCGCAGGAAGCGUGAACGUGACGGGAGAUGAGGUGAAGAAACUGGACGUGCUAUCCAAUUCCCUGGUGAUCAACAUGCUCCAAUCCUCCUAUAGUACCUGCGUCCUGGUCUCAGAAGAGAAUAAGGACGCCAUCAUCACCGCCAAGGAGAAGAGGGGGAAAUACGUGGUCUGCUUUGACCCACUGGAUGGAUCUUCCAAUAUUGACUGCCUGGCCUCCAUCGGAACCAUCUUUGCCAUCUAUAGAAAGACCUCAGAGGAUGAGCCUUCUGAAAAGGAUGCCCUGCAGUGUGGCCGCAAUAUUGUGGCCGCAGGUUAUGCGCUGUACGGUAGUGCAACCCUGGUGGCUCUCUCCACAGGGCAAGGCGUGGACCUCUUCAUGCUUGACCCGGCUCUUGGUGAAUUUGUCCUGGUGGAAAAAGAUGUCAAGAUUAAGAAGAAAGGAAAGAUUUACAGCCUGAAUGAGGGCUAUGCCAAGUAUUUUGAUGUGGCCACCACUGAAUAUGUGCAGAAAAAGAAAUUCCCUGAGGAUGGCAGUGCUCCUUAUGGGGCCAGGUAUGUGGGCUCCAUGGUGGCUGACGUGCACCGCACCCUGGUCUAUGGAGGAAUCUUCCUGUACCCAGCCAACCAGAAGAGCCCUAAGGGCAAGCUCCGGCUCCUGUAUGAAUGCAAUCCCGUGGCCUACAUCAUUGAGCAGGCAGGAGGCUUGGCGACCACGGGGACCCAGCCUGUACUGGACGUGAAGCCCGAGGCAAUUCACCAGCGAGUCCCCCUCAUUCUGGGGUCACCAGAGGAUGUGCAGGAAUAUCUCACCUGUGUGCAGAAAAAUCAGGCAGGCAGCUAGCGAGUUUGACCCCACAUGCCCUCUUCUGUUUGUCUUGCACCUUGUCUAAGGACCCUAAAUGAAUGAUAAACAGAGAUGGUAGCUAUGAGUAUACAAAAGGUAAAUCCACUUAAUCACAUACAGAAGAGCAACAACAAACUGCUUACGACAGGUUUGGAAGCCACAGGCGAUUCUAUGGUCAAUGUGAAGGACUAGAAAUAAAAACCCACAUGUGG